AUAUAAUAUUACACCAAAAUAACAUGUCGUACUUAGAUUUAACAUAUAGUGAAAAUUCACAGACACUUAUAUAACAUUAAUAUUCAAAUGUUCAACUUAGGAUUCCAAAGAUUAAGUUAGGCGAAAAGAAAAAUCGAAAAAUAGGCGCAUUUCGCAAAACAAAAAAAAAGACACAAUUUGACCUCCAACCCGGUACCUUGUAGCGGUCGACCCGAUGAGUGCGUGCGUUCCGUUUUUCUCACCGGGUCAGGGUCAAAGUGGGUCAACCCGCGGGUUUAACAUUGUUAUCCACAUUCCGCUAUUCAAUUUUGAGCUCUUUAUUGGAGUUGGAAAACGAAAUCGAGUUUGUAAUUAAUGAUCCACUGAAACGGCGACUGGGACGUGAAGGAUAGCUGCGUUUAACGUUUCCUACCUUAAAUUCUGAAUUCUUUUCAGCGGGCCAUUCCUAAAUUUCCCUAUCCUUUUCGUUAUUGUUUUGGUCCAACAUAAAUCUAGUUCCGUUUGUCCUAAAUUCACCUUUUUAUCGCCAAAAACUUCUAUAAUUUUUUCAUUGGAUUUUGGGUGUAAGUACGUGUGGGCAUCGAUCUGGUCCGGAUCGAAUUGGACAAAACUCAGAAAAACUAUGGUCCAAUAGCGAAAGAUAUCUUAGGAUGAAGGACUCAUCAAUAGUACAUUCGGUUCGCUUUGGUCUAUUUGGUCAGGUCCUAAUGUAAAUUCGAUUCAUUUUUCUUCGGUAUUUAUGAAAUUCAUAGGACCAAAGACCGGACAAUAUAAAAUUCGAUUCGGAGUGAUCCGGUCCAAACAUCGAUUCGGUCUGAUGUGGUCCGGUAUGGACCAACCCAUUGCUCACCCUUAGGUAUAAGAUCAGCUGAUUUCUUCUAUUUAUGUGUCAACACAUGUCGCUCGGUAGAUUAUUUGAAUUCAAUCUAUCAAUACAGUCCAAUACAUUCUGUAAAAAAGUCAAAGUAAUUGAAUAAGUUUAAAUCUAAAUUCAAUUGGAUUUAUGAAUAUUUGUAAAAUUACAAUUUAGUACUCAUAAAAUUGCAAGCCAAUGCUCCCAAUCCCAUUGAUUGUAUUUGGGGUUUCUGGAUCAAGCCAAUAAAUAGAAAAUAAAAGAUAGAACAAACAAGUUUGGCUUUAAUUAGGGGUCUUUCUUUUUGGUUCUAUCAUUUUCUUGUGUAAGACAAGGUCAACAUUUCCCCUGCAAAACCCUUUCCUUACCUUCUCCGGCCCUUUGCUAAAUUUCACCCCGUCUUCUUCUUCUUCGUUCCCUGCCGUCCUCACAAUCCAGAGAGAGAGAGAGAGAGAGAGAGAGAGAGAGAGAGAUCAUUGGUCCUUCUCUCUCGAAAGUAGAAACUACAAAAAACUACAUAACUGUUUUUUGUCUUUGGUCCUGGUCUAGUCUCCAUCCAUCGCCAUAGCUUCUUCAUUCGGUUGUGACGUUUCUGCUGUCCUCCAUUAUUACCCUCCAUUGCCAAAUUCUCUACAUUUACCGUCUGUUUUAACCACUUUUCGAUUCCCCUCCACACUUCCUUCCUCUUCUCCUCAUUCGCCGAUCCAUCUUCUCCAAAGGUACCGCCUUUUCUUAUCUUAACUUCCCUUACAUUUCUUUCAUUGGGUUCCUCUGUUUCAUGGAGGAAACCGCCAUUAGAGAUCAUGAAUUUGCAGCUUGUUCUUGCAACAUACUGCUAUCAUGCAUUCAAAAUGGGAAUGUAUGAAUCCAUGAAGAAGGAAGAAAAAGAAGUUUAGUUUUAUGCCUUUGUAAUUUGAUCCUACUUCUUCUCCGUCCCCCUGUUUCCGUUUUGUUCCGAUUGCAGGAUUAUUCCGUCUUCUAUCCUUCUCCGGCCACUUACAUUGGGUAACUGAUGGCGACGAAGCCCAAGGAGACCACUCCAAAGAAGGAUGGCGGCAACAACAAGAAGGUUAUAACAACCACAACAACCACCACCACUACCACAAAUCGGAACUUCCACCGCCAACAGAGUAGCACCGCCGCUGCGAACCGCCACUCCCCAUCUUCCUCCUCGCCGACGGCGGCGACAACAACAAACUCCUCCCCGCGAUCCGGCCCAAGCUACCUGAGGCCCACGGCGAGCUCCAAGCCCGACUCCCAAUCCAAAGCCACAGCCGGCUCCAAAACCAGCACAACCAAGCCAACCGACCAGAAGGCCGCCGCCGCCGCCGCGGCAGCGACCCUUCGAAGGAGAUCGUUCGACAAGCCCGCUCCUUCCGCCGUCAAUUCCCGUCUGCAGAGGUCCGUCACUUCUCCCGAUCCCGCCGCCCGCUCACCCGCCCCGGUCAGGACUACCUCUUUUAGCCCCAAAACCGCCGGAGCCUCCUCCAGGGCCAAUUUCCAGAGAAGCGCCACCACACUCCGACCCAAUGCGAGCAAAACCAUCGCCGCCGUCGUGGCGGCGACCGCCAAGCAAAGAAGCGGCAGCCCUGCCAGGGGCAGAGCAGUACUUAAUCCCAACACCACCACCACCGCCGCCGCGACUAGUCGCGGCGGCGGUGGUGGUGUUGGCAAAAGUACCGGCGCAGGGAACCUUAGAGGUAAAAACAGAGCAACCACUGCUGGCCGCGGCGGCAAGGCGACGACGGCGGCGCGGGGGAAGUCAUCAGGCGCCGGUAAGCGGAACAAUACUAAUAAAGAGGAUGUAAAAGAGAGUUUGGAUAACGAGAUACAUCAGGUGAGCGAAGAUGAGCAGGGCGUCAAUCCUGACAAUUUGGAGAUCGAGUCUCCGGCGAGCCCCCACAUUCCCAAAUCACCAUCACCACUUCCAUCGUCGCUUGAAAAAAUCAUUACUAGCGUCGAUGAUGAUCACGUUGAUGAAGUCCCUUCCAAGGAAUACGAUGUUGUCAUCGACAAUGUGAAUAACCAGGAGGGAAAAGAUGACGGUGAGAAGGUCUUCUCUUCCGGUGAUACUCCGGCGGCAGAGGAACGAAAAGGUUUAGAUGAGAAGGUAGAAGUGCUCAGUGAUCGCCAAGUUGCAGCGGCCGACGAGAAAGGUGAGAGGGAGAUCGCCAUGACUACUGCUACUACUACUACUUCUCAAAAUGGCCACGAAGAUAAUCAUAAUCAUGAUAAAGUGGAUGACAAUGGAGAUGACAGUGAGACGUUGCCCAAAGAAGAACUAAAGCUGGCUGAUGCUGCCGCCGAUGAUCAAGAACCAGGUGGUGUCAAUGGGGAAUAUGAGGAGAGGGAGAAGGGACAGGAGGCACCUGAAGAAGAAGCAGUUGAUCAGGAAGAGACAAAGGCCAUGAUGGCGGCGAAUGAUGAUGACGAGAAGAAGAGAGAAGGAGAAAGCGGGAAGGCUAUGGAGGGGAAGAAUGAUUCUCCGGCCGCGGCUUACAAUGAGGUGAUCGAGGAGACGAAGAACAAGCUGAUGGAGAAGAGGAAGAACAAGGUGAAGGCGUUGGUGGGUGCUUUUCAGACUGUUAUCGACUACGAAUCUGCUGGCACUGCGACUUCUCCUUCGAAGUCGAGCUAAUUAAUCAACUAACACUAGCUGCUGAACUUCUUCUUCUUCUAUCUUUGUCCAUGCAUCUCAACGAACUCGUAACUGAGGAUACUAUACUGUUCAUAUCCUCCAUUUAUAAUGUUAGUGAUUUUCAUCCAUUUCCUUUAUCUCCUCCUAUACGAAAUGGAGAAUCAAUGGAUCCAUCUGUA